UACACAGGAAGCAUCCACGUUUCCUAGUUCCACUUCAUUUUACUGCUACCGACUGCCAGCACUUAGUUGGCAUUGUUGAUUUUUUCGUGAAUUUAAUUUGUUGACAAAGGAAGUUCUCUCACGGUUUUUAUUGAUCAAAAGCAGCUGCUUUCUAAAGAACUGGCUCGUAACUCCACCCCAUUUCUGUACACUGCAAGCGCUUCAAGAUACUUGUGUCAUCCUUCUGCUAGGGAAAUUGGAAAAUGUUAUCAAUUCGAGUAGCACUACUAGUCCUUGUUCAUCUAGCUGUCGUCAGUCAGAAAAGACWGUCAGCAGACGCUAGUCCACAGGAUAAUACGCCAACCAAACGAARAUUUUGUCCUGAGGGUGGCGGGGACUUAGAUGCAAGCUGUCCAUACUGGAAAACACUUGGACUUUGCGAACGCAGUAAAGGAUACGCCGAUUUCAUGGAGGAAAAAUGCUCAGCGAGUUGCUUUUUCUGUCAAGCAAGACCUACGCCUCCACCACGAGCAAGACUUGUUAGAGUUGAUGUGCGUAACUGUCUCAGGGCACAUAACGAAAAGCGAGCACUUCAUGGCGCACAUCCUUUGCGAUGGAAUUCGGAUUUAGCUCGUGAUGCUGAAAAGUGGGCUUUAAAGCUUGCCAAUGGGAAUUUUUUCGAGCACGAUCCCAGCAAUAGACGCCAAGGAGAAAAUCUUUUUUCUAUCACAAGGGUUGAGAACCAGCCUAUUACAUGUGAAGAUGCCGUCAAAGCAUGGUAUGACGAGAUAAAAGAUUACCCGUUCAAUUCACCACCAAAACACGUUAAUGCAGUAAGGGGCAAAGUCAUUGGACAUUUCACGCAGGUUGUUUGGAAGUCUUCCAAACAAGUAGGAGUGGCGAUAUCAAUUAUCAAGCGUGGUUUUUGGUACUCGUCUUAUGUGGUAGCACGUUACACACCUCCUGGUAACUAUAACAACCAAUUCGGUGAAAUGGUCGGCAGRCUUAGAGGGUGAUCCUGAUCAUUAACAGAGCCUGGAAAUAUGCACUGUAUACAAACUAGUAAAUCAAAAGAAACCAACGGCAAAUUUAAUUUCAAGAUGGAAACCUAGAAUGUGAUUAGAAAUAGGCAGAGUGUAAAAUCAGUCUUUGACGUUUUCCUUUUAUACUGUAACAUUUUUACCAAUCAAAAUCCACACAUAUCAGCCUAUAGCAUCACUAGGCAAGCACUAAAUUAAACCUUUUCAGCAUUACACUACAAGGCAUCACGUAUUCUUUCACACCACUCACGGUCAGUGGGACACACACUUCUGUUUUGUGGUUUCUUAGGUCUAUCUUCCAUACAAUCAUCCUAAACGACCCAAAAUAUGUUUUACAUUGUUGUUGCCAUUGUUGAUUUACUAGAGGAAAUAUAGGGCAACGUAAAAAUUGUGUUUUUUAGCGAUUGAGACGACACGGAUGMUUUGAUGGAAACUGGGCCCCUAGGCCUAAACAUAGUUAAAUCUAUUAACUAUGGCCUAAAGAAACGUUAGUAAUCAUUUUUCCCACUCACAUUGAAAUUGAUUAUAUUUCUAGACCCAUAGAGUUUUUGCCUCUUUUUAACGUUUUAUGCUUGUAUUCAUCUAAAAACAGGGAUGCCUGUGAMCUGAAAACGUCAUUGACUGUUAGAAAACAUUGUGCAUUGAUAAUGAUUUGUAUCGUACAUGAAAUAAACGAAAGGCGGCUCACUGGUA